AUCUUCAUUUGAUUAAAAUUAUUGUACAUUUACUACACGUACUUUUCGGUUAUUAUUCAUAUUCAUAUUCAUAUAAAAAACAAAACAGUUGAGUGUCAUCGAUAUUUAUCCAAGACGAUGGUGUCAGCUCUAGAAACCAGCCGGUUUGUAGAUAAAUAUAAUACGGUCGAGCAAGUCAACAAACCCGGUGUGGAUAAGUUGCAGGACUCGUUGCAGGAUUCGUUUCAGCGUAUGUAAAACAGCAAACCGUUUUUAAACGACAUUAAUUGUGAUUCCCAUGAAAUAGAUAAAUUCAGGAUAAAAUGAUUGCAUACCAAGACCAUUACUCCGUUUUAGAAGUGAAAAGUUGUGCUACCUUUCAGGAAAUCAAGAAAGCCUACCACAAAAUGGCACUUCGUUACCAUCCAGACAAGAACAAAGGCGGAGAGGAGCAAUUUAAGAAGGUAGAUUGGGCCUACAGGGUCUUGAAAGAUCCACAAAAACGAACCGAAUUUGAUCAGAUCUACAAACAAAACAAGAAACACAAUAACUACCAAAAUAAAUCGGAAAAACCAAAAUGGAAAAAUCCACCCAAAUCAAGCCACGAUGAUGGCUUUAGGCCGAAUUCCUCUAAUACCUACAAUAACUACCAAAAUAAAUCGGAAAAACCAAAAUGGAAAAAUCCACCAAAAUCAAACCACGAUGAUGGCUUUAGGCCGAAUUCCUCUAAUACCUACAAUAACUACCAAAAUAAAUCGGAAAAACCAAAAUGGAAAAAUCCACCCAAAUCAAGCCACGAUGAUGGCUUUGGGCCCAAUUACUCUUAUACCUACAAUACAUACCACAAGGAAUCGGAAAAACCAAAAGAGCCGCCCAAACUGAAAAUGGCUUUAAUCAUCGGUGGCUCUAUGGUUUUUGCAUAUUUGACCUAUAAAAUUAUUCAGAACAGAAGAGCGGCUAGUGCAGCGGAGAUGGUUAUGGUUGCCAUUUCAAAAGACAAUAUUGUGGAACCGCUUGAAGCAGCUAGCGCCACUAUUAAAGGGAUAUCCAAGAUCGGGAAAUGGACCACAGGAUCACCGAAUGCAGAUUCUUCAUCGACUUUUGCUAUAUCAGCAGCCAUCAGCAAAGUAGGUAGCGCCUUUGCUAAAGGGAUAUCCAACAUCCGGAAAUGGACCACUCGAUCACCGAAUGCACAUUCUUCAUCGACUUUUGCUAUAUCAGCAGCCAUCAGCAAACUAUCGGCGCCGUAG